GGGUUCCCUCCAAAACCGACCGACCUUGCUUGUUGGCGCCGCGCGAAGAUCGAUGGACGACUCGGACGACGACGUAGAGAUCAUCACGCCAAAGAAGAACCAGAAACGCAACUUUGUCGAUGACGAAGACGAGGCGGGGGAUGUGGCGGCGGCCAUGUCCCAACAAACAGACGACGAAGUGAUCGUGACCUCUGCGUCCAAGAAACAGAAGCGCAUGGUGGUGUUGGACGAGUCCGACGACGAGACCAAGGACGACGGCGACGACGCGAUGCCUCUCACGUCGUUCCGUGACUCGUUGUCGGGAGUGGGGAAAGCUGCAUCCCCUGCCACGAACCGUCGUCACAGCGUGCCCGCGGCGUCCACACGCCGCCAAAGCAGUCGCCGUGCAUCCCGCCGUCUCUCGGAUCGUGGCGUGCAGAAGGAAAUCGAACACGUGGAGCUCAAACAGAAACUCAAGCGCAAGAGCCUCGACACAUGUCUGCCCAAGCCGGCCUCGGACGACGAGUUUGUCGGCGAGUCCGACGACGAUUCCGAAGGGUUCGUCGUCGACGACGAUGUGGUCGAGUACAUGAACGAAGACGAGAAGCCCAUCCUAGCUGUCGAGGACGAAGACGGCGAAGAUGACGAAGAUGCGAUGGACGUACACGGGUCCAAGGAACCCAUCGACUGGUUCCGCAUCUACCUCACGUACAUCGAAGAGUGUCUUCUGGACGAGUCGUUUGAGACGAAUCCGCACAUCCCGGCGCUGUUCAAACAGUCGAUUCAACACGUGCGUUCAUUUAUUAUCAUUUAUUAUUUAUUCAUCCCAGCGCGGUUCAAACAAUCGAUUCAACACGUCGAGCGCGGACUGCUCCAACGACGUGACAGCCUGCGUGGCAAUGUCCACUGGCCGUCGGAUCUGGUUGAAAGUAUCGACACAAUGCCGCAAGUGAUGCAAGGUGAAGCCGACGGCGACCAGCUCUGCUACGCUUGCAAUCGCAGCCGCCACCCCGCGCAUUAUUCGAUGUCAUUCAUGGGCGUGGCAUGCCACGCCCCCGAUUUGUACCGAAAGGGCUGGCGGCAACAUUUGUUUGAAUGCCUCGAAGCGGACAACAACACUCGCGUGGACUACGACCUGGGGAGUAUGUGCUUUCAGCGGGUGUUGUUGUACUGGAGUUUAAACCAAGCCAAGCGACAGUGGUGCAGCAUUGUAUGGCGCAAGAUCGUCGAGUACGUAUCUAUUCAUGUCCAGCCUUAUUAUUUAUAUCUGGAGAAAUAUAUUUAUGAAUACAUUUCUACCUUUUGCGAUAGUUUCAUUUACACAUUUUGAGAUAUAUUUUUUUAUUUGGACAACCUUGCGUUUGUUAUAGACACGGGGGCAAGCGUAUUCCCGCCGACGACCGGGAAAAGGUGCACAAGACAGAGUAUGGCCGGUACAAGAAGCUGUUGGGCAUGGUGGACGGCAUGGAGCUCAAGGAGAGCCGCCAGCUCACGCGGGUGGGAAAUGUGUGGCUAAAUGUACAGCAAAUGACCAAGCAUUCGACCGGGAAGGGGCGGCGGCGCGGCGACUUGGCUUUGCUCGACGAACAAGUCGCAGAAUCAACAGAAGAUUCUGACCAUGAUGUUCUGGAUAACGAGCUAAAGGAAGGCGAGUGUUCGCCGGCGAAAAGCAGCCCCAAACCUGCGACACCGUUGCCGGCAGACGAGUCAGACAUGUGCUUGGUGUGCCAUAAGCGGCGGCGCACCGGCGGCGUCCUCCACGGGUACUACGUGCACGUAUACUGCUGCUUUGAGUGCGCCAAGAUGCUCAAAGAUAAGAAGAAACCCUGCGCCGUCUGCGCCCGACCCAUGGAGCGGGUCAUCCACCUCCUUCCUCUCAACGACGAAGAAGCGGCACGAAUUCGGCACACCCACGGUUGAGAUACUAGAUAUAGAUAUAAAUACUAAUGUUAGUAGAUAUGGUGGU